UUGUUUUUUUUUCUCUAAAUAGUUUACUACAACUGUUCUGAGGGGUAGAAAUAAUUCUUUAUUGCUAAACAAAACAUAUAGAAAAUAACAAUAUUUAGAAUGUAGCAUGUGGGAAAGGAGUUCAAUGAAAUAGUUGCAAUCAAUCAAUGUGUUUUUCCAGCAACUUUUUAUUUUUUGAAGAGCUAGUUCUCAGUAGGAAAACCCCUCUCAAUCCCUCUUUGCAGUUAUCCUUGGGCAAAGAAAGGGCAGCUUCCCAGAGCCAGCAGCCAGAACUCACCUCAGCACACCUCCUCAUGCACAGCUUGGGAGUGCUUCUUCCAGACUCCUUUUUCUGAACUAGAAAAAUGAAUUACUAGUGAAUCUGUGUAAGGCCACGCACUCCAAGUAGCUGCUGUCCCUUCUUUUUAUGGAGGGAAAAGGAUCCUUCAUAGGUCCCAAUUCAUUAAUAGCUGAUCGUGACUCUUCUGGCUUGUAAGGAGUGGGGCGCGCCCUUCUCUUCGUAGCUUUGUGAUCGAGGGUGGCAUCACGCUGUAGCACUCCCUGUGCGAGGCAGAAAACUCGUAUUUCCAUAUCGCUUAGCGGUAUGGGGAAGGCGAAAAGGGCGGCUGGAAGGGCCGUGCUGCGGGCAGCUCCGCCAGGAGCGCCGGUCGCGCAGUCGAGCUGGGGUAGAAGAGGGAACCGUUGUUGGGAAUUCAGCCCGGGGCGGCCGCAGCGCUGUUGCCUGCGUACCCAUUGCUCGGUGCCGAAGCGUGCCCGAAAUGCCCCUUUGCCUCUAGCCCUAGCACGCCUCCCCGGCGGCGUGGGUGCUGCCGGUGAGCGCUGGCCCGAGAUCUCAGGUGUGCCCCCGGCCCUCUACAAAAGGGUGCCGGCCUCACUCCUGACACUGCCGUACAAAAAUAGCUGCCCGUUUCGUUCUAAAUUAACACGCUAAGCAGCUGCUCGCCUUCGACGAAAUUAUUGCCGGUCCGUGAGCAGCCUGGACUACAUAACCCUUCCUCCAUCCGCGGAGGACGGCCGCCGUCCCGGUUUAGCUGCUCGCAUCCCGCGAACGGCGGCUCCGGCCGCGUUCAGCCCCGCUCCGACCGCUUGUCGGGCAGCCCCCGGCCGCCUGCCCGAGGUCCCCGCUCUCUGCCGGCAUCCCCGCGGGGAUCCCCGCGAGCCCCUCCGCCGAGCGCCGCCCAGGGGAAGCCCGGCUCCGCUUACCGCACCGCCCCGUCCCUCAGCGUUGGCACCUCCAUCACCGCCGGCAUCUCCCCUCCUCCCGUCCUCCCCCUCCCCGCACACCCACACACUCUUCCCUAUCCCUCCUCCCCGGCACUCCGCGUCGGAGCGCUUUAGCAGCUUGUGCGGCUCCUCGGAUAGGAGGGGCUGGAGCUUUUUACGAAUUGCUUUUCCCUUUGUUUUUUUCUUCCUCUCCUCCGGAGCGGACCCACUCGGAGCAGCCGCCGCCGCGGGCACGCCGGGCCGAACAGGGAGGAUGGCCGCGGGGCGCCUCCCGGGGCUGCUCUUGCUCUUGCACUCCGUGGCUCGUCUGGCUGCCGAGCAAGAAGUUGAAAACCUCUCCGGGCUCUCCCCUAACCCCGAAAAGGAUAUCUUUGUGGUGCGGGAGAACAGGACGACGUGCCUCAUGGCGGAAUUCGCCGCCAAGUUCAUCGUCCCUUACGACGUGUGGGCAAGCAACUACGUGGACCUGAUCACGGAGCAAGCCGACAUCCCGCUGUCGCGGGGCGCCGAGAUGAAGGGCAAGUGCGGCACCAACGAGUCGGAGCUGGAGAUCUCGUGGUUGGAGCGGGCGUACACCCUCAAACUCUUCUUCUUGAAGGAGGGGCACAACACGUCCCGCGGGCCGGAGGCUUUCUGGAGGCUCAGCCGGAUCCAGUUCGCCUAUGACACCUCGGAGCGCACCUACUUCAAGGAUGCCGUCAGCCCUGGGAAGCACACAGCCAGUUCCCAUCGGCUCUCUGCCUUGGUCACCCCAGCGGGGAAGUCCUAUGAGUGCCAGGCACAGCAGACAAUCUCCCUCAUCUCCAGUGAUCACCAGAAGUCUGUGCAGCUCUUGUUGUCUGAAGUCCGCAUCCAGCCCUUUGACAUCACUGCGGAUUUUGUCUUCAGUGAAGAACACAAGUGCCCGGUUGACCAGAGGGAGCAGUUAGAAGAAACCCUGCCUCUGAUUUUGGGCCUGAUACUGGGGUUGGUUAUUGUGAUAACCCUCUGUGUUUACCACAUCCACCAUAAGCUCACAGCCAACCAAGUGCAAAUUCCUCGUGACAGAUCUCAGUACAAACACAUGGGAUAGGCGACAGGACCCAGCAGCACGGAUAUUCAUCAGGUAGACAAAGCAAAAGCAAUUUUUUCUUUGGGAGAGAAAAGGUUAUGGGGGAGGAAGAGAUGGUAUUCACAACACCCAACUGCAGGUAUUUUGUGGAGACAGAGGAGGUUAAGCUUCUCUAUAGUGAGUGCACAGACUCAGCUGUCUCCAUAAGACAAUUAAGCAUGUCUGAUUUCAGGACUCUGUGUGUGGCAGUAGGUGCUGUGAAUACCUUCUUCAUCAGCUGAACUAGACACCUGCAGACAAGUACUUCAUGUGUCAAAGUCUACCACAAGGGGCAAAAUGGUUUUGUUUCUUCCUUUUUUCUUUAUUCCUCAAGGGAUUCUUACCUCCCCAUCGCUGCUCUUGGCAUCUGUUCACCCUCUGUGUUUGUGUAUUUCCAGAGAGCAGGACUGGGGGGACUUGGCCAUCGCGUGGACUUCAUUAAGGUCCUCUGAGAAAGGGGCUCCAAACACAUUGCUGGCAUUUGCACUCAUGUUAAGGAAAUCACAAAAAGGUAUGGGGAUGUGUCCGGAAAAGUUCAGGCCAGAUCCUCAAGCUGCUGUAUACUGUAGUACUGCAGCCAGCUGAGGAACUGACCCCACACGUGAGGGGGAGUGAGGAAAAUUUGUUUUUGCUUCCUGCGCCACAUCUGAAUUAAAUUUAACUUAAACUUAACACACAAACAAAAGAAACGCACACAAAAAAGAGUAUUGAUACACAAACUAUAAAGAGCCAUGCUACUGCAAGUCAACUGAGAAAUGCUUCUGGCUGGACAUUCUGCACGUAUUGUGAUUGUUGAGAUGUUACAUUGCUACUUGCAACUGAUACCUUCACAGUGAGACAGAAACAAACAAAAAAGAAAACAGAACUAUUCACGUUACUAUGCAGAUUAUUCAGGUAUAAUCUAACGUAACAGAAAAAAUGUAAGGAAACUCUUGGAAUCUAACUUGAAAUGUAGGCCAUUUUUAAACGAAUUAAAACAUGUACAUAUAGCGUA